AUGGAAUCACCAUCAAUGUUAAUACCAACGGCAAAUGUACCUCGUGCAAUAUCAUCACCAUCAUUAUCAUUUGCUCAUCGUUUUUAUAUACUUUUAAAAGCACAUUAUUUUCUUUUUUUUUCGGCAUUUGGUAUACUUUAUCCAAUAUUAAAUAUAACAUUACGUAAUCGUGGUUUAUCAAAUGCUGAAUUAUCAUAUAUUAAUAUAAUUAUUCCCUUUAUAAUGUUUUUUACAAAUCCAUUAAUGGGUUUUAUUGCUGAUCAUUCACGUCGUUAUGUAUUAACGUUUAAUUUUGUUCUUGCUAUUACUACUAUUAUAUAUGGUAUUAUGUUUAUAUUACCAACAGUUAAAUCACGUAAUAUACAAGCUGAUAUAUAUCAUAAUAAUCAAUAUGGUUAUAGCUUAAAUUUUUGUGCUAGUCAAGAAGUAGCAACACAAUGUGCAUCAAGAUCUCAAUGUGGAUGUUCAUAUCAAGCAAAUUGUACUUUAAUUGAUUCAUUAGAUUAUAGAUAUAAUAAUCAAAUGAAAACAUUUGUUUUUACAUUUUCAAUGAAUUCAAAAGAUUUUUCUAAAGAAAUUAAUUAUGCAACUGAUAUGAGUGAACCAGAAACAUGUGGAAUUAAAUAUCGAGUAUCAAUUGAUCAAAUUAUUAAACAAUAUAUAGAAGACCGUAGUUUUGAUCUAUUACCUUCUAAUGAUAUUUCAUCUAAAUUAGCUAGUUGUGAAAUAACUUGUUCAAUUGCACAUUAUUGUCAUGGAUCACGUUAUGCUAAUCAAAUAGGUUUUAUUCUUCUCUAUUCACUUUUAUUUAUUAUUGGAAACAAUCUUAUAAAUAAUGCUAUUGCUCUUGGUGCAUCAAUUGGUUUUGCUACUUUAGAUCGUCCAGAAAUAUUUGGACAACAACGUGUUUUUGGUACACUUGGUUUUGGUAUAUCAGCAUUUCUUGCAAGUCGUGUUUAUCAAAUCUUUCAAACAGAAUUUGUUUAUAUAAUUAUGUUUUCUAUUACAAGUAUAAUUUGUAUUAUUGUAACAAGUUUUAUUCGUAUUCAACCAAACAAACAAAAACCAAGUACAAUACACAAUGAAAAUAUUGUUGAAGAAAUACAAAUCGAUGAUUUAUCUAGAGUGAAAGUGAAAAAAACAAAGAAGAGUAGAUCUCAAGGUGCAUUAUCUAAACUUUUGGGCAUGUUAAAAAAAAUUGAUGUUAUUAUUUUUCUUUCUCUGGCAUUCGCUUGGGGAAUGUCUAAUGCAGUUCUAGAUCCAUAUAUAUAUUUGUAUAUUGAUGAACUAGCACCAUGUCAAUCACAUUCCAUUGUUGGUUGGAUGUCAUUAGUAUCAUCAUUAUCUGAACUUGUUGCUUUUUUUCUUGCUGGAAGAGCACUUAAUUUCUUUGGUCGUGGUAUUGGGCUAUUAGCUGCAUCAUUUAUCUACACAUUUACUCAACAGCCUCUUCUUUUUCUAAUAUUUGCAUUAUUUAAUUUAAUUGCUGCUGUCAUCUAUUCUCUCUAUUUUAUUCUACAUAGACAAUCUUCGAAAAAGUCGAUUGAACAGACUAAUAAUACAAAUAAUAAUACAUCGGAUAUUAUAAUUCAAUCUGAUACACAAUUAAAUGAAGAACCAUUAUUGACAUCAUCAACUAAGAACAAAUCAGACAAUCAAAUUGAUGGAUCAUAG